CCCACACUCCCACACUCUCGUCUUCUCCUUCUUCUUUUUUCUGAAAUUAUAAUUUAUUUCAGGCCUUUUCUCUUUUUCUGGCAAAGCAGAGUUGGAACAUGCCAUGCUCCCACUUCCACAAAACUACCUGUUUGGUUCACCAAGAAUUGGGACAGCUCAUCUGAAAAAUGUUUGAUCUUCUCUUCGGAUGGAGAAAGGCUUCGAAAUGCAAGAAGUUGAUGAAAACAGUGCAAUGCCGCCUCAAACUUCUGAAGAACAAGAGGAGCUGCAUUGUGAAGCAGCUGAGAGAGGAUGCGGCGGAGCUUCUCAAACAUGGGCUUCAUCAAACUGCCUUUGAAAGGGUUGAGCAGCUUGUCAAGGAUGAGAGAACGUUUCAAGUGUAUGAGCUGCUGGAGCACUUUUGCGAAUUUAUAAUGAUUAAUCUUCCCUACAUCCGCAAGCACAAGGACUGCCCGAAUGAUAUAAAUGAAGCAGCAUCGACUCUGAUUUUCUCAUCUGCGAGAUUUGGGGAGUUGCCGGAGCUUCUGGCCAUAAGGAAGCUCUUUGGAGAGCGUUAUGGCCAAAGAUUCGUAACAUCAGCGCUUGAAUUAUUACCUGGAAAUCUUGUGAACCAUCAGGUAAAAGAGAGUGUUUGUGCAGAAAUGGUGACUGAUGAUGUGAAGUAUAGAUUGCUGGAUGAGAUAGCUAGCAGUUGCGCUAAAACAGGACCGUUGCUGCUUGAGUACAAGCCCCAGUUGCAAGAAGAACAGGCAAUCAAAGGCAGCGGUCAGAUGCCAUCUAGUGAAAUUCAAAUAUGUACAGAAAACCAAGCCCCUGAACCUCAACGUUGCAUUGGGAGAGAGCUGGAAGGAAAGAUUAUGUACAUGGAUUUUUCUCCUGAGAGCAAGAAAGUUUCAAAAGAACCGUGUUUUGGACUGGGAAAAGAGCAUAGUUCUCUAGAUACAAUCCAAGAUUCAGAACCUGGAGAUGGGGAGAAGCUAGUGAAUUCGGUUGAGAUGGAUAAAUUUACAGUUCCUCGUCAUGAAUCUCUACAGUGUACCAAUACUGCUGAGACUCCUGCUUUUGCAAGGGAAGUGGAGACUUCUUCAAUAACUUCAGCUCAACUGCCUGAGGAAACUGUAUAUCUUGACGACAUUGAAGAGUUUGUUCCACCUGUGAGCAAAGAUGGAAGUCUCCAGGACCAGAGACUAUUCAUGUUCAAAUCAUUUGGGAUCCCUUUAAAGGAGAAAACAAAUUAUGGGAUUGAUAUAAAUCUUGAGGAAGAAAAGCUUCCGCAGGAAAGGUCAUUUUCAAGAAGCUCCAGAAAGAUGAGGAAAGCAAGUAGAAAAAGAUCAAGAAGGAGGAGAUCAGUUAGUGUAGAAAACAGAAACAUAACAGAUGUUGAAUCUGUGAUAUACUACGGCGAGUCAGACGAGAUGUCCCCUGAUCACAAUAAACGAAAAUCUCAUCAUCAAAAAAAGCGAAAGGACAAGAUCUUAGUGCGGGAAAGUCGAAAGUCGUAUCACGCACUACGAAAUCAGGGACACACUUGCUUUGUCAAAGUUAGUAGCAGCUUCAGUUUAAUCGACACCAGAGAAAAUAAUAUGGAAUUUAGCUGCAGUUGCAAUUCAAGUCAAAAUAUUACAAAGGAAUGCAGCUUAGGACAUCCGUGUUACUUCAGCCCUCACUGGAGACCGAAGAUGAGAAGUUCGAAUAUGAAGGAUUUUACAACACAUAGUUUAAAGGAAGGAAAUGUUCAAUAUGGACUCCUAGUCAGUAAAUAUUCAAACAGAGGCGAAGGAGAAAAGAACAGCUCGGGGGAAGAGAUCCGGCCUCAUGCAUUACGGGCAAUGACUAUGCCUGCUGAAAGGGCUAAAGAGAGUCUUAUGGAAAACGUUUUCCGUUCCAACUCAUUUCCAAGUGAACAACCCCACAGUCGACACUCUUCGUGUCACCAUAUCCAUCCAAAGCUUCCUGACUAUGAUGAACUAGCAGCAAAGUUCAUGGAGCUCAAGAGAGCAAACCUUCAAAAUAAAUAACACUCGAGUAAUCCAUGAAUUUCGGACUGUCAAAAGUCGGGUAGAUAUAUUUGUUGACCCUUCAAAGGACUCUUCCCAUAGUGAUGAUAUAGAUAGUUGAUCUGAUAGAUAACAUUCCAUGGACUACAUUCCUGUAUAUUCCCUCUUCUAGGUAUUAGUCCACAUUAUUUUCUUGGAAACUUGCUCUGUAGCUAACAUUCAAACGAGGAUCGUCAGUUGAUCUUGCAUGCAGGUCAUAACUCUCUUGUAAUUGCACUACCUUGUUAUGGAAAUCAACAGAGUAGAAACGCCAAACUGAUCAUAAUAGAGCCAGUAAUUCAAACUGAAACGAUAACAGUACAAACGAUGAACUGAGAGUGAAACAGAAUAAACACUAAAACUGUUGCCACAAAGAACAGUGCUGGAUAA